AUGGGCUCGCCCGGGGAGCAGUCGACGUGGGUCACCCACGCCCGGGCCUAUCGCGAGAUGGGGCUGCACAGGAGGGCCCACCACACCCUCGUGGAGGGCUGCGCGCGGACGGGGGGGCAGGGCCCGCUGAUCUGGGAGGAGCGGCUUCGCGAGCUCGCGGACAGGGGGGACCCCGCGGCCCGGCGUCGGGUCCUAGAGGAGGCCACCGAGGCUGUCCCCGACGCGGAGGGGCUUUGGCUCGAGUUGCUUACUUAUCAGCCUCCGCAUGAGCUCCUGGGGUGGGUGCAGCGCGCCGUCAUCGCCUGCCCUCGGGGGGAGGGGCUUUGGCUGCGGCUCGUGGCCCUUUUGCCCGACGCGCAGGACCAGCGAAAGAUUCUCCAGCGGGCCCUUCAGCGGAGCCCGAAUUUGCCUCUUCUUUGGGCGAAAUUUGUGCGCCUCGGGGGCUAUUCCGAAGGGCUCGAGAUCUUCCGCGCGGCGGCGCAGCGGUACGCCUCACUGGAGCUUCUCAUCGAGGCCUCGAAGUUUGUGGAGUGGAGCGCGAUCGAAAAGCGAGUCGAGGCAGGGGUCUCUCUCGAUCCUGCGGACGACGCGGCGACGGUCGAAGGCGUCUCGGGGUUCAGCCUAGUUAUCCAGAGGGAGCUUGACAAACUGGUGCGGGUUGCAGCGCAGCAUUAUUUAAACAUCUCAGAGGAAUUAUCAUGUCGCCAGUGGUUGGAUAAGGCAACCGAGUUGUGCGGCGGCGCCGCGUCUGAUAAUAGCGGCCUUGCCAAGGAUCCUAGUACUGGGUUCUCGUAUCUAUGGACUGCGGCGUAUAUGUUUCUGUAUGCGGUACUCCCCGCGAAGGAUGUCGAGCUUGCUGUAUCUCAUCAGGGAUCUUCCUCGAGUUCGGUGGGUACGUACCUAUUGGAUGUAAUGGCCUUGCUGGACUCGCUGUGGGAGAAACAUGAGCAGCUCUGCGCUCUGUGGGCUAGUUGGCUUCUUCUGCAGCCAAACGGGGAAGCGAUGCAUGGAGCAGGGGCGUCAUUACCACCUUUACCCAACGAGUGCGAAGCGAUCGGGAAGGAGAAAUCUUCCGAUCAAACAAACAAUACGAGAAGCGCACUGUCCAACCUGCCGGAGGCGAUGAGCGUGAUACGCGCCGCGAUUGAAACGGCGCCUCGUGAAGUGCUCGACACCGUAUCAGAUUUGUUUAUGAGUAGUCAUCCUCAAAAGCGGUCAUUAAGCCCGGAUCGCGAUCAACACGUGGUGUCCAUGCCCGCCAAUGAGGAAUCCGAGGCGCCUUCGCGUGCAGACCAUUCCGCGGAGGGCAUUCCACUUCAACGAAGGGCGUCGAAUGAGUUGAAGGCGCGUGUGUGCUUGAUCGCCGUACUUUUACCCACACUUUCUAACCCCUAUCUUCUAACCCAUGUUGAGCUGAUGCGGACCAUCGUGGAUGCGUUCUAUAUGCGGGGCUACUACUCUGUUGUACUUCAAAUUCUCAAGUCGGCUUCGAUGAGGGCUCAGGACGGUGUGGGGCCGAACGCGUGGAUCGUCUGCGCGAGGGCCAAAGCCUACGCGGCGUUGGGGCGGCAUGACGAGGCCGAUGCGUGUCUUUCGCGCGCGACCUCCGCGAGCCCUCCCGCGCCCUGCGAAGCGGCGACCCGACCUCAGGCUGAGGACCCGCGCGCGGACCUGGUCUGGGUGAAGCUGGCGGUUCACCGCCGGAGCCGUGGGCAGGCGAUCACCCCUUUGCUCGAGGAGGGGAUCCGGCGCCUCCCCUGGGCCCCUCGGCUCUGGCUCAUGCGGUUGGAGGAGAUGCGGGGGGUGAUUUUGGCCGACAGGGCGGCCACCGCGGACGGCCUCAUCCCGCCCGAUCACAUCGCGCAGAUGCGCCGGCUCUACACCCGCGCGCUCGCUCACGAGCACUGCGCUGGCGAGGUCGCCGUGUGGGUCUACGCCGCGGUCCGAAUCGAGUCCGAGCUGUUCUCCUCGGCGGCCACCGCUCGCGCCUUAUUGCUCGAUGCCGAGGUGCGGAUCGAGGGAGGAGGCGGAGGAGGGCCUGGGGCUUCCUCCUCGCGAGUCCGCCGCGGUGGGGUUCCCGCCCCCGCGUCCUCUUUUUCGUCCUUUUCCUCUCAUUCCAGGGCGACCCUUGGGAUGGCGCGGGCUUGGGUGGAGCGCCGUCACGGCGGUGACGCCGUCGCCCUGGAGGUGGUGAAGGAGACCCUCCAGGGCCUUCCCAAGACCUCCGAGGGGGCCUUUACCAUCCCUGUGGGGGAGCUUUUGCAGUGGUUUAUCGACCUCGAGCCGCCGUCUUCGCGGGGGCGCGCCGCGGGGUGGGUGAUGCGGCACUGGCGGUCGCGCGAGGCCCUGGUGUUGAUCGCCGUUGGGAGGCUCUACCACCACGCAGGGGACCAUCCCAAGGCGAUCUGCCAAGCCUUGAAAGCCGUCGAGGCGGGAGGGGGGCGCUGUGGGGACGCCAUCGCGUUUUUGUGGAGGCUGGCGCUGGAUGAGAAGUACAGGGAUUGGGUCGGCCAACGACUGGAGGGCGCGGAGUGGAAGGCGGGAAAGGAACUUUCACCCGAGCGGAUUCAGCGGUGGGUGUGGGGGGUGGCCGCCGCGGCGGUCUCUGAUACGGCGCGCCAUCAGCAAAAGACCUUCCUUCCAGUCAAAAAGUCACCUGAGUGUUUGAAUAGGAUACACGAUGAUCAAGACUUGCCAGUAUUAAAGCCUAACAGCGGCCCUUUGUGGAUUUCGAUCGCCAAAGCUAAUGAUCCGAGCAACGUGACCUUAACAGGGUAUCGUGAUUCGGUUGAGAGUAUGCUACGAAUGGUAAUGCAUAGAGUUUUACCAUGA